AUGGCUCAGCACCGACGACGUCUCAGAAAUCUCUGGACCAGAAUCACCAGUAAACUGCAUCGCAGAGCUCCAAAUUCAGUCAACGACAUUCCCGAUCAACAGCUCCCAGAUCACGUCGAACCAACUUCAAACCAAUCUCAAAACGUACAGCAAUCCAACAACAACAACAGAAACGAUCCCCAAGAGCUCACAUCAGUUGUGAACAAACCAAACCAUACCAGUACGAGCCCUGACGCUGUUCCUGGCUUUCCUCCACCCCGAAGUGGUCCAACAGGGGGCAACCACCCUCUAUCACCCUUCAGCGCCGUCCCCAUAGACGGACACACACACUUCCACUGCUCCCGCUGCUCCAUCAUGAUCAACUACGACAUCUGGAACAUCUGCGCGAAAAACAGUCACCUCAACCAUGUCCCUCGCCCAGGACCUUGCAAUCACUGCGUGCAAGCGGGCGAAGAAGUCAAGACAUCUUGCAAGACUAUCAGAUGCGAGAGAUGCAUUGGAGAGCAGGGAAUGGCGAGUAUAUUGAAAGUGCGAGAUCAAGCGUUGGUGGAGAUGGGGUAUGUCAGGCGGUUGAAUGGAGUGUGGGAAUUGCCCGGGUAUCCGGGGAAGUGGGGGAGGGCGCCGUGGGAUUUGGUGAGGUGUGGAUUUUGUACGGAUAAGAAGCUGUUUCCGCAGCGUGUGAACUUGGAUGCGAGGUACAAAGAGCUGUGA